UCUUCUGUGCUUUAUUCAACAAAUUGGGUUUUCAUUUUUUUGGAGCGAAAGUUGCUGUGAGCAAUGCAAGACACCCACUCGAUCGGAGGUGGCCGUAUACUCAGCGGCGGAGGAGGAGUCGGUUACGGCAGGUUACGGCCGCAGCACCACCAAGCACUCCAGUGUCCCCGCUGCGACUCUCUCAAUACAAAAUUCUGUUACUACAACAACUACAACCUCUCUCAGCUACGUUAUUUCUGUAAGAGCUGCCGUCGUUACUGGACGAAAGGUGGCGUACUUCGAAACGUCCCCGUCGGCGGCGGUUGUCGUAAAGCAAGGCACUCGAAAAUCAAACCAUCCGCAACCAUCACAGUCGCCGCCGCCGCUGUACAGCCACAGCUCCUCCAGAAGCAGCACUGUAAUCAACUUAAAGAGAAUACUCAUUCCAGCAGCGAGAGUUCCAGUCUCACCGCAACCAAUUUUAACGUACCAGCAACGAAUAACAAUAAUAACUCCGGCGGCAGCACCGCCGAAGCGGCGCCGGCGGUAACGUCUCAUUCGAGCUUGAUAAACUUAAGCGAUUCGAAACUUUACGAAAAUCCUAAUGAUUUAGGGUUUACGGAGAUGGAGAGUUUUACGAGCUUGAUCACUUGGUCGAACAAUGAAACGGUGCCGUUUGGUUUCGGUAAUGUAUUCAGUGAGCAAGGACAAUGGCAGCAACUGCAACAGCAGCCAAAAAUGGUGAGCACGGGAGUGGAGGAACUCACAAUGGGAUUGCUUGAUCCAACGGUAGAGAUUGAGUUAGCAAAUUUGGAUAAUAGAUCUAAGGGUGGAGAUUGUGGAGGAUUUCGACCGUUGGAUUGGGAAGGGGGUGGAGAUCAAGGGACGACGUUGCUUGAUCUUUCUAAUGGUGAUCAGACGUAUUGGAAUCAAAAUCAGUGGACUGAUCAGGAUCCUCCUACACUCUAUCUCCCGUAAAUUAUAUCUUUUACCUUCUUAAUUUCCGUAAAAGUUAUUUAUUAACUACACAAAUUAAAAAAAUUAAAAAGUACUUCUUUUU